AUGGCGACGGAUCGGGGAGCGGGACUGCGCAUCUUCCGCGAUAUAUUAAGAAGAGCAGACAAGAAUGAUGAUGGGAAACUGUCCUUUGAUGAAUUCAAAGCUUACUUUGCUGAUGGAGUUCUGAGUGGAGAAGAACUGCAUGACCUUUUUUGCACCAUUGAUACACACAAUACUAACAAUCUUGACACAGAAGAGCUCUGUGAUUAUUUUUCAAAGCACUUAGGAGAGUAUGAGAAUGUUCUAUGUGUCUUGGAAGACUUAAACAUAACCAUUCUGAAAGCAAUGGACAAAACAAAGAAAGACUAUCAGGAAGCUUCCAAUUUGGAGCAGUUUGUGACUUGCUUUCUUUUGAGGGAGACCCUGAACCAGCUGCAAUCCCUGCAGAGCUGCCUGGAGUGUGCCAUGGAAACCACGGAGGAGCAGACCCGCAGGAGAGAUCCAACAAAACCAGAAGUGCUCUCAGUUCAGUGGCAAGGAAAACGCUUGGCUCGAAGGCUUCAGAGGAACAACAGCCUGUCAUCAAAUAACUCUUAUUCUAGCACAGCUUGGAUUGAGGAAGACAGCCAAUGGGUGAUCCAGAUAAACAGACUCCAGAAGCUAAUUGAUAGACUGGAAAAGAAGGACCUAAAGCUUGAGCCACUUGAAGAGGAAGUUUUGGAAGAAAAUGCAAGAUCUCACAUAAUGAUUGUUCAGCAUCAAAUGUCUGUGAUAGAAGAAAAAGUGGAGGAAUUCCGUCUUGCUCUGAGGCAGUAUGUGGAAUCUGCUUCUGGUCAAGGUGGCUGCUUGCAUGUUUCCAUACAGAAGCUUCCAAGUAAUUUCCACAGCAAUGCCUGGAAUAGCCACCUUCAAAGGAAUUACAGCAAGGCAUUCCAAAGAAGUAAUGUGGAUCUCUUGGAAACCCCAGAGCUCAUCACAACAAUGCUAGUCCCUGCAUCGUGGUGGGUCCUCAAUAACAACUAG